GUCUUGACUCCCCCCAAACUAAUGUUUAUUCAAGUUUCAAUCUCAAUCUCGAUUUAAGAUAACCAAAUUCCAGAACCGAUAAAUGUUGCCAAUUGGUUACGAAACAACGUCGAUAUUUUCAUUGUUUUGGAAACCUGAUCGUUAUCGUCUAAACCGACUGAAGUGUUUGUUUUGCGUUAAUUUUUCACCCACGACGAUGACAGCCGUCCUGUCCAGUGUAAAACUUUGCAAGACUGACUGUCGGUAACCCUGACACCUAUGACGGCUGCCGAAUUUUGAUCAUGUGUGAGGACAUUAUUGAUUGAUUUAUUAUUACAAUAACAGCGACGUGUGUUUGAAAUGACAGCUGCGUCAAAACUGGUAAUCUCUGGUAAUUAAGUUCCAGAAAUCCUUGCUUUGCCACUGGAGCGGAACGUCCCGACAGGUGGUUUAACUGGUUGGGCUAUGUGUUGGAAUAGGUGUUUUCAGACACCUACUAGUACCAACCGAAAGCUUACUUACAAAAUUUUCACUUUUGACAGUUUAUUGGGAAAAGUGUGAUUAAUUAGUCAAAACUUGUAAAAUGCAGCUUCAUAUUUAUAGUCCAUUAACAAAAUGAUGUCAUUCAUGUCAAAGAAAAAGAAGUACAGAUUUCAAGUACAACUUGAGCUGGAAGAACUGUCAUCAGUUCCCUUUGUUAGUGGAGUACUUUUUGCGAAGAUAAAAUUACGUGAUGGUGGCAGUUACCUUGAACAUUCCACUAGGGAGGAGGUGUCAAACAACCGUGUACGGUGGAAUGCCAAGUUCAGUUUUCCAUGCAAGAUGACAGCCAGUGCCAUCACAGGGGUUCUAGAAAACUGUAUAUGCCGGAUCUCAGUUAGAAAGGAAGUGCGAGGCGGCCAUUCAUACCAGAGGUUAGGCUUUGCCGAUAUUGACCUGGCUGAGUUUGCUGGUUCAGGUCAGCAGUGCCGACGAUAUCUUCUCGAAGGUUACGACACCAAACACCGCCAGGACAACUCCACUCUUAAAGUCCUCAUUGAAGUGUCACUCAUUUCGGGUGAUCCUGUAUUCAAAGUGCCUAGUCAACUAACCGUCAGCUCGGAGAAGGUGACUCUGACCGUAGCGGAAACUCCCAUUCAUGAUGGUUGCAGUGAAUGCAGUCUAGCUUCGAACAGCAGCGGCUUUGGUAGUCUUCCAAGAAAAGACAAAAUGCCCAUUCCUGCAAAAGAACCAUUAGACACAGAGCAGCAAGAAAAGGAAUUUGAAAAAAGUCAUUCCAGAAAUUCUAGUUAUGCAAGUGAAUUGUCGCGGGGAUCAGGCUACCACAGUCGUCAGUCGAGUGUUGGUGAUCCCUCCUGUUCUCACACCAGAACCCCAAGUUUAGGAUCAUCACUAGGGGACCAUAGCAAGUCAGAUAGAAGAAGGGACGGGCGAGAGUUACCUCACCUUGUCUACUUUCGUGACGUUGCAGGAUUACCACUCGAUGGACUAAUGAAGAUUGAUGAAAGUGUCAAGGAUCGGAGGGUGGGAGAAACGCGCGUGAAUGCUGAAGAUCUGGUGGAGGAGCUCAUCAAAGACACGGACCUUGGUUUAGAUGACAGCCAGGAGGAAAAUCAGUGCUAUUGUCAGCGUUGGAAACAGUCACAUUCAAUCAAAUACAAGUCAAAAUUUGUUAAAAAACCCUGCUGAGAGACCUUGUCAAUGUGGACAUGCAUGAUUGAGUAUUAAUUCAGAGAUCCUGACUUGAAUAUUGAAUAGACAGUCAAAGAACAAUAGCAAGUUCCAAACGUUUAUUGCUGAAAAAACCAGGGAAGUGGUGAAAGGUCACACUUUGUAAGAUGUUUAUAGACGAACAAAUCACAUCCCUCAAAAUACUGUGACUGUAGUAAUAAGUGUUAGAUGGGGAAAGUCAGAGAGGAAUUGCACCUUUAAAAUAUUUCAAGUGAUGUUAAUUCAUAAUCAACUGUAUUACUUGACAAAAUUGAUUUAUUAGUAAUAGCUAAACUCUCUGUGUAAUGAUAAAUCAAACAAUCGUAUUUUCAGUUAUUAAAAGGUAUAUAGGCAAGUAUCUUUGCAGUAAAUUUUGUCGCUUUAGAUCUACAAAGUGGCAAAAAUAAUUUAAAAGUUAAAAAAUACAAUUUUCAGUUUAUUAAAAGAAAGCAAGAAUGAUUUUUUUAUGUUAGGGAUUUUAUUUCGUAAGUCAGACAUCAGAAUAACUUGCUCUGAACCCAUCCAUCUGUGAUUAGUCAACUGAUUGACACUUGCCAUUAACUCAUGGCGAUUUCUAAUUGUUCACUGAUAUGUGGUAAGCUGGUUACCGUUCUUGUAUAAUGUUGCAUUUAUUUUUGUAAUAAUUAAUGUAAGUAUGACUAUUUAUUUAUGGUAAUAAAUGUUUGAACAUCA